ACGCCCGAAUGAGCUUGUAAAUCAAAAUGACCACUUCUAGAAAGCAAUGCGCGCGCAAAAAUUAGUAUUCUGUGUUUCUAAACAUGGCAGGUCGUAGUGGUUUUGAUGAUGGAAAUCCGAGGGAUUACGGUGGCGGGAGAAGGACCGCGGGCGGUCGCCCCUUGCCUACAGAGCCACCUUACAAAGCCUAUGUUGGGAAUCUACCAUCUGGAAUUAUACAAGGAGACAUUAACAGAAUCUUUCCCGACCUGAAAAUUAAAAAUGUGAGGUUAGUAAUGGAUAAGGAAACUGAUAAAUUCAAAGGCUUCUGCUAUGUGGAAUUUGAAUAUUUGGAUGAUUUGAUCAAGGCAAUUGAAAUGAAUGGUGCCCUUAAUGUAGAUGGAAACUGUGUUAAAAUUGAUGUAGCUGAAGAAAAGAGAAAUGAUAGGGGAGGUUUCGACCGGGGUCGGCGAGAUGGUGGACGCGAUGGUGGUCGUGGGGGAUUCAGACGGGAUGGAGGCCGUGGUACGUACGACCACUUCGAUGCCGUCGGUCGUGGCCCAAGGCACCAGGGUGGAGGGUUCACACAUGACCGCGAACGAGGAGGUGGAGGAGGCCCUGGUGGUGAAAGAUGGACCGAACGGGGCCCACGUGGGUCCUCAGAGGAACCCCGCCCGGGCGACUGGGGCCGAAUGGGGCGCUCUGGGCCUGCCCCGCCCCCUGGUGGUCAACGCCCGAGGAGGAACUUUGACGAUAUGCCGCCCUCUAGGCCUGAUACCACUGGCAGGCCCAAACUAAAACUAGAGCCAAGAACAGUAAAGGAGCCAGUCAACUCACUGGCGGCCACAAGUCAGGCCUCUUCGAUAUUCGGCGGUGCGCGACCGCGGGAGGAACGACUUAAAGAGAUGAGGGAGUAGAUACAAGCUCUAAUAAAAGCCGAAUACCGAUUC